AUGGCUGCCAUUCACGCGCCCUCCCCGAAACUGGACCGCUAUGUCGUUAUCCAUGUUGCUACCACCUGUGAUGAACACGGUGUUUAUGUCACCAAGGACUCCGCAGAGGUCAUCGAAUUGGGCUGGAUAUUGCUGGAUGCUGAAAACUGCAAGGAGUUGCAUCGCGAGAGUGUCUUGGUGAAGCCCGUAAAUACUCCCAUUACACCCCUCUGCACGAGCUUGACUACCCUUACCUGGGAACAUGUUCGCUCAGCUGGAACAUUCCGAGACGCCAUCAACCAGUUCGAUGCCUUCACCCAGGAGCAUCUCCUCUCCAAGAACCUCGAGUUCUCCUUCGUCACAUUGGAUUCUUGGGACAUGCGUGUCCAGCUACCUCGUGAAGCCCGGGACAAGGCGUCCGAGCUGGAGAGUUUGUAUACCCAGUUCGGAGGCCGUCCAAUUGCUUUUUGGAACCCUGAGAACCCCGGAUCAGCACAAACCUACAGGGCACGGGAUUUGCUGUUUUCUCAUCUCAUGAAGAACCUUUGCAUGAAUGGGCGUGCUCUGAACGACAAGGCCAUCGAGGUAUCCCCUUCCUCUAGCCGUGUUCUCGAUCACGCUGCGGAAAUUCUUACCCCGUUCCCUCCUAGCAAGAAUCGUCCUCGCCCGGGUGAUUGGACUUGCCCAUCCUGCGGAUUUUCUAACUUCCAGCGUCGUACAGCCUGCUUCCGCUGCUCUUUCCCUGCUGUUGGUACUGGUCCAGACCCAAUGGGUUAUGGAGGAUAUGGCUAUGGUCCCCCGUCGAUGAUGCCCCCGCCGCACCAUAUGGGACACCACGGAGGCCAUGUGCACACGCGAGGUAUGGGCGGAAAUGGUGGCGUUGUUCCGUUUCGAGCUGGGGACUGGAAGUGCGGCGCUGAGGGCUGCGGCUACCACAAUUUCGCAAAGAAUAUCAAUUGUCUUCGCUGUGGUGGUCCUCGCUCUGGCGCUGCAGUGGUCGCGGACUCUGCUUUCCCCUCCCCAAUGGAGCCUCCAUCCGGCUUCGGAAUGGGCCUGGCAUCUAUUUCAAGUACUCCAGGCCCAGGCCCAUUCGCUUCCAGUGCAGGUGGCUUCGGCGCCUUUGGGCAGCAGUUUGGGGGUCCUGCAAGCACCUACGCGGCCCCCUCUGGUCUGGGGGCCGCCUCCGGUCCCUACCCGCCAAUGGGCCAAAUGAACCAAAUGAACCAAAUGAAUGCUCCGUACGGGUCUGGCAAUGCGUCCCAUUCUGCGGCCUCGUUCGGCAACCCAGCCACGCAGGCGGCCUUCACUGGUGCAGACCACGUCCCUCAACCGGUUGGCGCGUCCAACGGCAACUUCUAUGGUAACGACGCUUCUGCAGAUCCAUUCGCCUUUUUGAGCACUGGAUUAGGCGCCCUCGGUGUGGAUGACUCCCGCAGGAAUGAGAUGUCUGUUUCCUGCGAUAUUUGGUGCAUUGGGCGGAAACCGAAGUUCUUUUUCGGAAAGCAGCGAUUUGUUUACUUCUGCAGUAACGUAUCGGUCAAUGACUGA